GUACAGCGAGCAGCACGGGGGCAUUGUGCUGGCCUAUUCCAACGUGCUGCUGUUCGGCCGCACAGCAGCCAUUCUAACCGGACUCAACCCCUACCUCCACGUCAGCCUCUCCGCGCGCCUGCUGCUCUUCGCGCCGCGACCAGGAGCCUUUCUUGAGGGAGUGGUGAACAAUGUGGGGGCGGAUUUCAUCGGUCUUCUCGUGCUGGGCGUAUUCAACGCCGCUGUGCCCGACCAGUUCAUGCGCUCCUGGAAACACGUGGAGGAGGCCGCCGCCGACGACGGCGACGGCGACGGCCAGCAGCAGCACUGGCAGCACAAAGAGGACCCCUCCCACCGCAUUUUCGUUGGCUCUCGCAUUCGAGUGCAAGUGGACAGUGCCACAGGGGACGGCACGUUGAUGUCCAUCAGAGGGUCGCUAGAUGAUCUAGAUACGGGCACUCUCCCCGCCACCACACCAAAGAAGAAGCGUAAAGCCGACCAAGCAGCAGCAGCAGCAGAAGCAGAAGCAGCAACAGCAGCAGCAGCAGCAGGGGCAUUAGUACUAGCAGAGCCUAAGACACCAGUCCCCGCUGGCAUCACUGCCACCGCAACCGCAACCCCCCAGGCAUCGCCAGCUCCCUCGGCUGUUGCAGCACCCAGCGGGGAUGCAGGCGGGAAGAAGAAGAAGAAACAUAAAGCAGACCAAGCAGGAGCAGCAGGAGCAGUGGUAUUAGCAGAGCCCAAGACACCAGUCGCACCUGGUAACGCUGUUACAGCAUCAGCAGCCGAGGCAUCCCCAGCACCCAGCAGCGGCGGGGAUGCAGGAGGGAAGAAGAAGAAGCGCAAGGUGAAGGAGGGGGAUGUGUCUGCUGCCCACACAGCCACUCCCCCCGGUGCUUUGAAGGUGGCCAGUGGGAAGAAGGCAAAGAAAGCUGCUGCAGGCAGCAGCUAG